AUGCACAAAUUAUCCGCAUAUUCAAAAGGAUUGAAUCUGGAGUUGGAACUUGUCGAAAGACUGGAGGGUGUAGUUACGCUGCCACAUCGGUGUCUGGGAAAUCGAAAGCGCAUAGUGGCCACUGUCUCGGCAUUUCCAGUUUCUGAUGUCUCUGCACUGCCGAAGCGCUGGGGGAUUCAUGUUGAUGAUUAUGACGCAAAUGCUCACUUUUUACUGUUAUCAAUAUCUAGGGGCCCGGGCGACGGAGGAGUAGAUGCCAGGUGUGAAACUGCUAUGUUAAAAUACGCGUUUCGAUGUAAUAACGACCCUCCGUCGUCCGUAAGUGAGGAACAAAGUGGGGCACUCGGUAUCAUCGUGAGUGCCCCAGGAAAUAAGUUCACACAGUGUGCAAUAGAAUCAGUCAGAGCGUUUGUAUAUCCCAUCCUCCGGACCGAUAUAGCACGUCUAUCCUUCUACAUUCUCAAUAUAACCGUUGAUCGGCUACAAGGAAGACCCUUCGAAUUUUUCUACCUCUCCUAA